UUCUUUUUCUUCUUUUUCUUCUUCCUCUUCUUCUUCUUAUUAUUGUUGUUAUUAUUGUUGUAAUUAUUAUUAUUAUUAUUACUAUUAACCUCCGUGAAGCGCAGCGAGAGGAGAACACGUGACCAUCGUCUCUGUAGAACAGCUGUUCUGACUUAUAGAAGAAAAGUCCACAACUCUGGACCGCCUCCCAAUCAGACUUCAGGCACGAUGAGGUGACGUCUGUGACAUCUUGAUUUAUUCUUUCUCCCACCGGCACAUAUGGCGAGGAUCACUUUCUCCUGCCUGCCGGCCUCCUGGUACUGCAGCGUGUCCCUGCUGUCUCUGGGCUGCGCCCCCAGGCAGAGGCUGCUCCUGCUGCUCUUCAUCACCUCCGCCCUCCUCCUCCUGGGAACCUACCAGAGGCAGCUGUGGGGCGCGGGGCCUCGCCGGCCCGGGGCCCCAGUCAACAAGUACCUCUCCAUCGCGGAGUCCAUGGAGGUCACCAACGUCCUGGACCCGGCUCUGAACUACGGCAUCGUGGUGGACUGUGGCAGCAGUGGCUCUCGGGUCUUUGUGUACUACUGGCCCCCCCACAACGGGAACCCCCACACGCUGCUGGACAUCAGACAGAUGAGGGACCGCGACCGCAAGCCCGUCGUCAAGAAGAUCAAACCCGGUAUCUCCACCCUGGCGAACACGCCGACUCAGGCCAGCGACUACCUCCAUCCUCUCCUGAGCUUCGCUGCCGCUCACGUCCCGAGGAACAAACACAAAGAGACGCCGCUCUACAUCCUCUGCACCGCCGGCAUGAGGCUGCUGCCGGAGAGCCAGCAGGUGGACAUAUUGGAGGACCUGGUCACUGAUGUUCCCCUGGAGUUUGACUUCUUGUUUUCCAGCUCACAUGCUGAGGUCAUCUCUGGGAAACAAGAAGGAGUGUAUGCAUGGAUUGGCAUUAACUUUGUGUUGGGCCGCUUUGAUCACGCCGAUGAAGAAGACGCGACAGUUGAGGUGACAACAGGCUCUCAGAACCAGCACCCAAUCAGCAGGCGGCGCACAGUGGGCAUCAUGGAUAUGGGCGGAGCUUCGCUGCAGAUUGCCUAUGAGGUGCCGAGCGCCAUCACCUUCACUUCACCUCAAGAGGAGGAGGCAGGGAAGAGUGUCCUGGCUGAGUUUAACCUGGGCUGCGACGUGGAGCACACACAACACGUCUACAGAGUCUACGUCACCACCUUCCUCGGCUUUGGGGGAAACAUGGCCCGACAGAGAUACGACGACCAGCUGCUCAACAACACACUCUCAAAGAACAGGUUUCUCACCACGCAGGCGGGCCUGAGUGAGGACAAACCGCACCUGGACCCCUGUCUGCCCAUCAGCCUGUCGGACUCUAUCACUAGGGACAACCACACGGUGUACCUGAGGGGGCUGGGAGACUGGAGUCGGUGUCGAGAGGCCGUGAGACCCUUCCUGGGCCUCCACAACGGCACCAUGUCUCCGGGGGGCGUCUACCAGGCUCCAAUCAACUUCAGCAACAGUGAGUUCUACGGUUUCUCAGAGUUCUUUUACUGCACGGAGGACGUUCUGAGGCUGGGAGGACAGUACGACAGUCACAAGUACUCCAGAGCUGCUAAGGACUACUGCCUCACCAAGUGGUCGAUUCUGAAACAGCGUCUGGACAACAAGCUCUUCUCUCAGCAGGCCGACAUCAGCAGACUCAAGUAUCAGUGCUUCAAGUCGGCCUGGAUGUACGAGGUUCUUCACUCCGGCUUCCGUUUCCCGGCCGACUACCAGAACCUGAAGACGGCCCAGCUGGUUUACGACAAAGAGGUCCAGUGGACUCUGGGAGCCAUCCUGUUCAAAACCAGAUUCCUGCCUCUCAGGGACCUUCAGCAGGAAACGCUCCGUCAGAACCACCCCAGCUGGCUGCGCUCCUCCUUCGUCUACAACCACCACCUGUUCUCGCUCUGCAUCCUGGUGGUGGUGCUGGCCAUCCUGCUCUACAUCCUGCGCCUGAGGAGGAUCCACCAGCGGGAGCAGCGGCAGGCCGACGCCCUCAACCUCCUCUGGGUGGAAGAGGGAGAGGCCCUCCUCCCCUGAGAGAGAGACGAGGAGGAGGAGGAGAGGACGGGAGAGUCCAUGUCGAUGAACUGGAGGGUCGCUGAAACUAAAGACUGUGAGUACGGAGGACACAUCAAACACUCACCAUGAGGAUAAAUGGAACAACAGUACAGAGUACAGAGAGGUUUAAUGAGCCAAGAAACCAAACUCCUGCGUACCUUCUUUGAUCUGGCAGCUUUACACUCAGAUCCCAUCUCAGACCGGAGAGACGUUCUCUGUGUUCACCUCCUUCUGUGGAAAGAGAGGAAUCAACUCGGCACAAAACGGGAUUCAACAACUAUCAUCAGAUUUAUUAUGUUUGAUUUUUUUUUUUAUUAUGUUGAAGAAGAGUGAGAAACAAAAAGAAGCUCAAGUACAUGAACACAUAUACGAGCCGAUAAAUGAUGCCAAGUAAGACAGGGACGAAAACAAAGAGGACAAAAGAAAACUGAGGAAAACAUUCAGGUUUUAGACUGAAGGGAAUGAAAGAGGACCAGCAAAAUGUAUAUAGAUG